AUGGAACAAACAGUAAAAGUCUUCGUCUCUCCGGCAAUGAACAGCUCGGAGUUUUUGGACUCUGUUACAACUGAGUCAACUGGAAACGAAGAGGUUAGCGCCGAAAAGGAUGAAGAUGUAUUUAAUCAAGAACUUCAGGCACUUGAAAACGCCGACGAUAAAGAAGAUGAAGACGUUCAUGAGGUUUUCAGGACAGCUGCAGAAGGUAUCGGAAACAACGAGGUCCACGCGAAUAAAGAAGCAAUGAAAAGUCGUCUGGUUCUGCGAUGGUACAUGUCGCGAAAACGUUACAACUCGCGAGUUCAUGGCUCAACAAAACUCGUGCCAAAAGAACCGAAAACACGCCGCGCGUAGAUUCAUUCCUCGAAAAGCUAGAAAUGGCCGGUCCCUCGCAUGUGACACGAAACAGCAGGAAGCUGGAUUCCUCAGCCUCCUCGAUUGUGAUAGAUCCUUCAGGAUCUUUACAUUACUGUUGGUUGAUAAUUGUAACGAUAUCUGUACUGUACAACUGGAUUUUCAUCAUCGCGCGCACAGCAUUUUUAGACCUUCAGAUUAACACUUUAUCACUCUGGCUCACUUUGGAUUACCUCUCAGAUAUCAUCUACAUCGUGGAUAUGGUGAUACAAUUCAAAACAGGUAAGCGGCUCCUUACGACAGCUGGUUCGUUUUUUUAUGUGCAUGCCAAAGUGUUUUUCAAAAAAAUAUGGCAACAUGUUCGCUUCUUUCCGUGUUCUUUAACUGCUCGGAAUAGAAUGGUCUGACACUGAUACAGUUUGCACAGCCCCUUGCAAUUAUUCAGAAGUUAUAAAUGCAGUUAAUUUUAAGCUAAAUUCUAUUUGAAAUAUAUAUUUUGAUCAGUUUGUGUUUCAACCUUAGCGCAACUUCAACGAGUAGCAUUUCUCUCUAAUUCAAACUUUUAGAAUAACAAGCACUGUUUUCAGCCUUCUGAUUCCAAGUCGAGUCAAGGGAAAUUUUCUGCGUUAUUAACUCACUGCAGCUGUUAGGGGAAAAAAAUCCUUAAUUAUUUAUUGUCUCAAACUUUGUCGCCAAAUCAGCUAUUAACUUAAAGUAAAAAGGCUCAUAGUUUGAAUAACAACAGAAGUUAACACUCGCAGCAACUAAGCCGGAAAAACUGCGAUUAUUAAGAUUGUAUAAUUGAAAACAACGAUGAAAUCUUCCAAAUGUAGAAAGAGCGUUCCGUACAAGAAAUUUCCCCUACUCCGUGACAGUUUUCUUUAUAGUUUUACAUUUGACAAAUAAACGAUUUGUGACAUUAAGUCCUUCUAAACGAAAAGCUUUUUUUAGCCAAGAUGGUUUGGUCGUUUAAAUGCGAAAAAAUUACUCACUUCCCUUCGUAGUUAAUUUAAUUAAAAGUUGUAAAUUUGGUGAUGUUGAAAAGUAGCGUUGCCUACUCUCAAUUCUUCAUCAAACGAAAAGUCGUUUUACUGAUGGAGCGUAGUUUUGGUUACAUUUUAAACUCUGAGAUAGUAGACAAAACACAAAUGUCUCGACCCUUGAUAAAUUCGCGUAGUCUUACUUCUGUGAAGCAAUAUUCUUAAAUGAACCAACUAGUUCUGAAAGAUCUAUGAUUGUUUUCAGUUAGCAAAGUGUCAAUUUUUUUUCCAUAGUGAUUUCAUUCAAAAUAGUCGCUUACAAGGAUGCUUUUUCCCUUAGUGGUAGUAAGUCAGAUGUACUUAACUAUAAAACUUUAAAACUUUACGCCUUGAAAAUUGCAUAAAACCAGCAUUUACGCAAGUUUUAAUAGCUUUCAUUCCUCACCUCUAUGGGAUGGGUAAUUAACAAAAACCUCAAGAAAUACAUUCAGUAAGAAUUAGGUUGGUGGGUUGCGCUAACGUAAAUUGGAUUAGCACCAGACAAUUUCGAUACGAUAGCCAUAUUAACGGCUUUUGUUGUGCUCGAAAACUGAUUUCCACAGACAUAACACACCAUAAAAUACACCGAUAUAGCGGAACAAAGGUUUAAAACAACACCAAUUCAAAAAGUAGAAUUUAAAGAUGUGAAUUAUUUCUUAUUGGCCCUGAAAAUUGUAAUUAUGCCUUCUUUUCAAGAAGAACAAUAUCGUAGCUUUUUUUAUAGUACUGUACCGUUGUACAAUAAAUGUAGACAAACGGGCGCCCUACGCCUUAGGGCAGGACAAACUCGAACAAUUGAUAAUUGGUUGUUAAGACUUCUUUCGGCGCCAGAAAUCUAUCAUUAGUUUUAGAGAAUGGAGGGAAAUGAUCGUAUAAUUGAUGGGUGCAAGCACGUGAAAAGCAAAGUUUAGGAAACAAGCAUAGAAACAUGCACUAAAUUUGUCCCACCCAACACUUGUGACGAGUAUUGAACAUGUCCUAUUAACCGGUUGAGCCCGAACAGGCAAUCAAUCUGUCUUAAUCCUUAUCUCCACUCAGGACACUAUUGACUUUGCUAAUCCUGAAUUGGCGGGCCGCUUACCACUUAUAUAAACUUAACAAAUGCUUGACUCGUCAACCAUUUCUCUGUAAUUCAGUAGUAAAGUAUCGAUGCGCGAAAUCCGAAGGUUUUAGGUUCGAUUUCUCGCGGGAAAUUCGGAUAAGUUUUGUUAUACAGUCGAGACAAAAUGAACAGCAUCUCUUUUUAAAGACAACUUUCACCUCUCCUAACCUAUUUCUUCACAUGACGCUUUUGGCAUUGCAUCUGAUCCUAGCUGUAUCACAGUAUGCGAGACGCUUUUCACAAUCUGAAACUGUUUUGGCCAAUACCGCCAACGAGUUCUUAGCAGCUAAGUUAGUGGACUCUGAAGGCGAAAUCUUCCACGAAGGAUUCAGCACUUUUACCUCUCAUGUACCACUUUCUGGGGAACGUCUUCCCAUAUUUCUGUCAAUUUUGAAGCCUUAAUAAUCAUUAGGUGGAAAUGACUCUAGGUGAUAAUAUCGCACACUGUGUAUUUCUCAUUAGAUUGGGAAGGCCCCAUCCCAAUUUUUUUUUCUUGUAUGGAAGGGGAGGGCGACUGUUCAUAGGUUUCCUGAUUAGAGGUUAAAGAUAUUUUCGGGUAACUCUCGGCACGUUAAAUUCCAUGAAAAAGUUCCGUCUAGUUUUCAUUAUUUAUCCCUUAACUAGUUGAAUGCAACUAAUUGCUAUGCUAAUGCUAUCUACGGUCUCGUUGAUCAACAGACUUCGUUUCACGCCGAGUGAAAGUCAAACAUGGUUAAAAAGAAUGUCUACACAACUUUAUCGGCAAAGCUAAAAGACGCAACUGAUCAAAAAUGGCAGAAAAGUAUAUUCUGAAGUGUGUUUCAGUCAAACUUUUUGUACCCAAUUUCCUUUUCACAAAAAAAGCUCAGAAGUUGUUGUGACCAUUAGGAACUUCCCACUAAUUUAUUCAUUCGUGUAAAUAUGUUAAGACAAAACAAAAGAUUGCGCACGUUCAGGAGCUACCAAGACCAUUGAUCAAUUUUUUUAAUUUCACCCAAUGGAAAUUUUAAGCGUUACUCUUUUUCCUUAUUCUUGAUGUUGAUUGCUUUCGUAGGCUUCAUGGAACGAGGACUUCUUGUUCGAGAUCCGAAGCAACUCCAUCGAAAUUACACGAAGAAAAUAAUUUUUAAAUUAGACUGCUUGUCAAUUAUACCUCUGGACCUGUUCUACUUCGAGGUUGGAAUCAACUCGGUUGCUCUGAGAUUCAAUCGUCUUCUGCGUCUGCAUCGCCUGUUAGAAUUAAGGGCCACGAUCGAGACCAUUUCAAGAUUCCCAAAUUUUCUUCGUCUGUGCUCCUUAAUUGCUAUGGUUUUGUUGAUCUUUCACUGGAACGCUUGUUUUUACUUCUUGUUGUCAAAAUGGAUUGGAUUUGGAUCGGACACCUGGGUUUACCCGGACUUAACCUCACCGGGAUUCGAUUCUCUAACCCGACAGUAUUUGUUUAGCUUGUACUGGUCAUCGAGAAUGCUCACAACGGGUGAGACGGAAAACCCACCUCAGACUGACGUAGAACUUUUCUUUGUGACGGUCGAUUUAACGGUUGGAUUCUUGGUGUUUGCUGCAAUAGUUGGGCAGUUUGGAAGCAUGAUAACACACAUGCUACAUGUGCGAAGAGAAUUCUUAGCACAAGCUGAUGCUGUGAAACAGUACUUAGUUUUUCACGAGAUUGACGACGAUUUGCAAAAGAGGGUUGUUUCGUGGUUUAAUUACAUGUGGGGAACAAAAAAGUCCUCUUUGGACCGCGAUAAUGUUCUCAGUAAACUGCCUCAUCCGCUUAGAACUGAAAUAGCAGUACAGGUUCACUUGGAAACUUUAAAAAGAGUACAAGUCUUUGCUGAUGUAGAGCCUGGUCUAUUGAAAGAGAUCGUUUUGAAACUUCGCUCGCAAGUUUACUCCCCUGGUGAUUUCAUCUGCAGAAAGGGUGAGCCAGGAAAAGAGAUGUACUUAGUGAGCAGUGGCCGACUGCAAGUUGUACAGGACGAUCAAGAAACUGUGAUCGCUACACUGAAUGAAGGUAGCUAUUUUGGUGAAAUAAGCAUCCUAAAUUUAUCGAACACUGGAAAUCGUCGAACCGCAAACGUUCGCUCCGAAGGAUAUUCAGAACUUCUAUGCUUGUCAAAAGAAGAUCUGCUCGAGGCUCUGACGGAAUAUCCCGAGGCUAGAAAGUUGCUUGAGAUCCGAGGAAGAAGGCUUCUUCGGAGAUCGCGAUAG